GGGAAAACAAACCAGACGCUUGAGCACCGUUGAGUGAAUAACAGCGAACUUAACAGAGGACAAAGUAAUUUGUAGUUUAAAAGAGAGAAAAAAGAACAGUGUAAAUAAAGAUUUUGUUUACAAUUGUGCAGUUAAUUAACGCCUGUGUCCUGAAUCGCGGUCUAGUAUUAUCAGCGGCAAUUGCCGCUCAUCGUGCGUGUGUGUGUUGCGCCGAGCUAGUAAGUGUGUGUGUGUGUGUCGCUAUCAACAAUAUCACAACAUCACAACUCAGCCAGCUGUAAAACCUUAAGCUCAUUUACAACCGUGUUGGAAACCUGAGCACAGCGUUUGAAGGAACGCAGUUACAACAAGGUUAAAGGACGCCUCAUUAUCCAACACCCACCACCCCACGUCGAGGUCACUUAAGUCAUCAUCGACAGGUUCUCAGCAGCAGAAAUUAACUGGAAAGAUGUCCACAGCCUUUUUAACACUUAUUGCCGUCAUUGUGUGCAUUCUAUUCCGGAUUCUCAAUGUACACAGCCAGCCGUUAAAGCCGAGCGUUUGGUGUCUGGAUGAACAAUUUUUGGAUUGUUUGUAUAAAAUAGCGCCGGUGCUGCGGGAGCCGUAUAUUCCGCCACGUCUAUGGGGUUUUAGUGGUCAUGUGCAGACCGUAUUGCAUAGCAUUGUGGGCCGAGUCCGUUGUCCUUGGCCAUUGGGUGAACGUGUCUAUCUGUCGUUGGCAGAUGGCUCCACAUUGACCUAUGAUUUGUAUCAGCCACUUAAGGAGCAAGAGGAUGAUAUCACAGUGGCAAUUUGUCCGGGAAUUGCCAAUAGUUCGGAAUCGGUUUAUAUACGGACUUUUGUGCACUUGGCCCAGUGUAAUGGAUUUCGUUGUGCCGUUAUGAAUCACAUUGGAGCACUGCGAACUGUACAGGUGACUUCGACACGCAUUUUUACCUAUGGACACACGGAUGAUUUUGCUGCCAUGGUGGACCACUUGCAUCAAAAGUAUCAACAGAGUCGCAUGGUUGCCGUUGGCUUCAGCUUAGGAGGAAAUCUCGUUACCAAGUAUAUGGGUGAAAAGCAGAAGAAAAAGCCGAAUAGCGUCAUUGGAGGCAUCUCUAUAUGCCAGGGCUACAAUGCUGUCGAGGGCACUAAAUGGCUGCUAAACUGGCAGAACUUCCGCCGUUUCUAUUUGUACAUUAUGACGGAGAAUGUAAAGAGCAUUAUAUUGCGACAUCGUCAUGUUUUGCUCUCGGAUGAGGUAAAAGCGCGUCACAAUCUCAAUGAGCGAGAGAUUAUUGCUGCUGCAACAUUGCCAGAGCUGGAUGAGGCCUAUACACGACGUGUCUAUAACUUUUCAUCGACACAGGAGCUUUACAAGUGGAGCUCAUCGCUUUUCUAUUUUGAUACUAUUGAGAAACCCAUGAUAUUUAUUAAUGCCAAAGAUGAUCCACUGGUCCCAGUUGAUUUACUGCAUCCGAUCAAGGAAUAUGCCACAACUCGCGAUAAAUCAGCAUAUGUUGAGGUAGCGCAUGGCGGACACCUUGGGUUCUAUGAGGGCGGUUUUCUGUAUCCGAAUCCAGUCACUUGGUUGGAUCGCACACUGGUUGCCAUGGUUGGAUCAUUGGUGUUGAUGCAUGCAGGCGGUAGCAAGGUGGCGUCAUAAGCCGACAGAUCAUACUCUCUAUAUAAUAAGUAUUAAUGUCGCAAAGAAUGCUUUUUAUUUUUGCCAAAAUUCCAUGUUGCUGUCAAAACGAAUCUUAUACAAAGUAGAACACGAUACAUGAAAAACUACUAACAUAUAUCAUAAAUUUUUGGUGUAAACGAUGCAAAUAGGCCCAUUUAAUUGAUGUGAACUUUAAAAAGUGCAUUUAAAACAGAGCAUUGAAUUGUAAUGUGUUAACUAUUUUGGAAAUUCUUUUACAAGAACUUAACUGAGUACACGAAAUGAUAGCGUUUUAGUUUGUAACCGAUAAAUAUAUUAUUUUGUAGUUAGUAACGCACAUACCAUGUACUUAUUUCUAAGAUUCAGUUUUUAAUUGUAAUAAAGCUUUAAAUUGUAAUAAUGACAUACCAAACAAACAUACAUGUAUACACGACUUAACAUAUGGGAGUCAUUCAAUCAUGAGUUAAUCAAAA